GGAAAUUAAGGGAAAGGGCGCAACUCAAAUAUAGCAAGACUCACACCGUCUCGCUCUCUCAGAUGGAGAAGGAGCUAAAAGGAUGGUUGCAAAGUCAUUAGGGCAAUGUUGAAGAUUGGAGGACUAAGAAAGGAACAGGUUCAGGGAUUCAUUGAAGAGCUGAAGGGGUUCGUCAGACAGAAGAAUACCUAAAUAUGUUGAACUGACCAUGAAAGAGUCGGACCAAACCAAGGACAGCCCCCUAAAGUGGGAUUGGUCCCUCAAGCCGACCACACACCUCUGCCUUAACACUUUAGACUUCUCGGACCUCUGGGAUGAGGAAGAACUGGACAGCACUGAAGAAGAAGAAACCAACUCAACAGAUGAGCAGUUUUGUGGCGUCCGAGUGCCUCCACCACCUCCUCCUCUUGAUGCAAGACUCUUCUUGGCUUCCACAAAGAGUGCUGCCAGUAAAUGUGUCACCCUGAAGCUUCACUGGAGGGCCCUGCAGAGUUUGGCCCCGCUUCCUAGGAGGACUCGCUUUGGAACUCAGACCAUUUGGGCUGGACUGGAGCCAGUCCAGUUGGAUACGGAGUGGCUGAAGUUACUGUUUGAAUCCAAGGGCAAGAGCGCCUGCUUGAGUGUCGCUUGUGGACAGCGGAAACAAGCAUCAGUGUCAGUGUUGGGGAUGAAGAGGAGUAACAACAUCACCAUCACCCUGAGCCGCCUGCCACCUCCACAUCUCCUCCCUCCUGCUAUAUACAGCAUGGACAGCAGUGUGCUGGACCGAGAGGACAUUCAGCGGCUUCAAACUCUCAUCCCAACCGAGGAAGAGCUCUGUCUGAUCAAGGAGGCUAAAACCCAAAACCCGAAUUGCCCUCUUGCCCCAGCUGAGCUCUGCCUUCAGGCUUUAGGGGAGAUCUCUCACCUGAGCUCCAGGCUUCAGCUGUGGGCCUUCGUGUUGGAUUAUGACUCUUUGGAGCAGGAGAUAGCCGAGCCACUCUUCCACCUGAAGCUGGCCAUGGAGCAGCUGGUAGCUAGCGAGACCUUCAGACACAUUCUGGCAACAGUGUUAGCCAUUGGUAACUUCCUCAACGGAUGUAAGGCUCGUGGUUUUGAGUUGAGUUACCUGGGCAAGCUGUCCCAGGUGAGGGACACACAUUCCCGCCAACCUCUGCUGCAUCAUGUCUGCGUGCUCCUGCUACAGCUCUACCCACAGUCCUCGGAUCUCUACUCAGACCUGACAGCGGUUAGCAAAGCUGGCAAGUGUGAUUACUCCCUGGUUCAAGCCAACCUAGACCACCUCGGGGACCUAUGCAAGGCUUCAUGGGAGCAGGUGAAGAUGUUGGAUAAAGCGAGGAAGUGUAACUCGGCAAAGGGGGAGAAGAGGCGACUAUUAAGAGGAGGAGGUGAUAGCUUCGGACCAGACAGUGUGCUCUGGCACAGGCUUCCACAUAUUCUGAGGGAGACUGAUGACAGGAUGAAGGUCCUGAGAGCAGUCCACCGCAGGGUUGUCAACAGGUUCCACUCAUUCCUCUUGUUCCUGGGCUACUCCAAAAUGAUGGCACGAGAAACCAGAGCUGAGGACUUUUGUAAAACCAUAAGUAACUUUUCUCUCGAAUUCCGGGCCGCUCGGCAAACCAUUCUGCUUCAGAGAGAGUGUGCAGCUGCGAGUACAGGUCCAAACACUCCUGCAAGAAGAGAAAAACCAUCUCCAACACUUGAAAGUGAGCAACACGGCAGGCUUGAGGCGGUUCUGAGAACACCUGAAUCCACAUCCAGGCUGGAUGUGACGCUGCCUCGACACCGCAGGAGGAUGCUAAAUAUCAAAGGUCCACUCUCAACUAAAUUGAAGCGUUGACCAUGCUGAUGGAAAACUAACCAGAUAACAGCAGUCUUAACAGCUAACUUGACAUCGAAAUUUGAGCGAAUUGAAGAAAAGGUUCAACAGUAUGUUAUUUGAAAGAAAAUGGGCAAAUUCUUGUCAUGGUUGUUCUUGUCACAUUAAAAAUUAGAGUAUAUUCAAAACAAGCAAUACACACUUCCGGCUACAGUAGGUAGCACAUGUGUACUUCAUUGAUGACUGCUGCUAUCGCUAACUCCGUAUUAUUGUUUUUCCAACAUGUGUAAAAUAGAAUGACUAAAAUUCGUUCUACAGCUGUGAAGCAUGUCUGGUGUUACAUUUAGCAUAUCUUAUUAAAAGGCAAUGUAUUAAAAUUAUUUCGUCUUCCGGUUUCCUCAGUUAUGAGACAUACGAGCAAGUAGUGCUGUGUCGGUCGCGAACGAAUCGGAUGUAAGAGCCGGCUCGCGUCGUUGGGAGUCAAUUGGGAGCGGAUAAGUUUUUUUCCUCUUUUUUUCUGUUAAUGGCAAAUGUCAUUGAUCAAUAUGUGUGGCGGCGUCCCUGUGUCCACACUGAGCGGGGCAGGGGCGGGGUUAGACACGCUGUGGUGCUCUUAGAGCAGAUUCGUUCAUGAGGAAUUAGAAUGAAGAGAUUUGACCUAUUUUGACUUAAUUUGUCUGAUGAGAUGGGUCUUUCUUUUUGUAUUUCAUUUAUAAUAUAACAUUAUAAUAUAUUUUUGUAGCUGCUCAUUGAGGUUGAAAUGAAUCCAUUAAAAUAAUAAACACUUGAUAUCAGGUAUUUUUUAAAUUAGUAAUCCAUUUUACACAAUACACAUACUUUGGUAAUAAAAUUAAUUGAAGACAAAAAAAUCUGAGGAGCCACUAGGGAUCCGAAAGAGCCGUCUUUUUUGUGAACCGUGCCAAAAGAACCGGCUCUCUAUAAAGCACCGAAAUUUCCAUCACUACUAGUAAGUGUAUCAUAAUCGAUCAAUCGGUGAACUUCAUUUAGUUUAGCUUGUUUGUUUAUCCAAUCAGAGAGCGGUACAUAGAGGUGGGCGUGACCUCUCUGCUGCUCUCUUCCGUAUUGACGUCUUUUGGAGUGUUGGGUAGCGUCCGGCUGUUACCCUUGGCAUUAUUUACUCAUUUUUCCAUGUUAACAUCAUGGUUCGUGUGUUUGGUGCAUUCUAACGUCAGCUUUUUUUCCUCUUUUUUUGUGGCACUUGUAAGACGUUUUCAUUACUGUUUUGUCUUCUAACGUUUACCCAGGCUGACUUUUUCAGGAAACAGUUUGUUCUUAUUGUAGACAAAUGUACAUGUGUAAAUAUUUAAACAACUCUAUUGUUUUAUAGAAAUUUUGAUUUGGUGCGAACAAAACAAUAAUAAACAAUCGAACAUCGACCUGAGUUCAUUGACUUACUUGCAAAGCGCCUUCCGAGCCAGCAGGUGGCAGUGCAACAUAUGGCUAAUUUAUUGUCUAUGAAGUCCAAGUUAUAAAACCCCUGAAUAAAACUAUGACAUAUGAGAGAUUCAGUGAAUUAAUCAAUCAGUCGUGGGGUUGUUGCUAAAUUAUACAUUUUACAACUGUUGGCAUCAACUAGAACUGACUCAGUGACCUCUCCCCAAAAUUCCCACAGACACACUUCAAAAUCUUUAUAAAGUCUUUUCAGGUGUCAUGGAUACUUUUUAUGCAUUUUCGAGAUGAUUGUUUAUUUGGUCCAACACCCAAGAGUACACACACUAAGACACUAUUGUUGUAUGCUGCAUGGUGCAAAGUGUCACGUUUUUUUUUAUAAAAUUUCACCAAUGAA